GGUGAUGAUCAGAAAAUUGCUAAAGACUGGGAUAAAGAGCAUAAGUCAAGUAAAACAAAUGCUCUUCAAUUAACAUUAACAAUUCAACUAUUUCGGGAAGUAAGAAUUGGAACUAUUGAACAUGGAAUCCUUACUUCUGUUUUACAAAAGAAAAGAAACUAG